AUGACCGGAUACAAGAAACCUGUCGGCUUCUCCGAGAGGAGAGGGAGCCUCUUGACAGAAGAGCUGAUACUGAAUACUGCCUCUGAUACAGACAUGGAUCACGUCGAGGAAAAAAAGCCCAAGCAACGGCAGCUUAAUGGGCCACCCACGCCCAGCAUGUCCACUCCUGCUGCCGACUUUGAUCAGCAACUCACCGGCUCGCCGCCGCCGCCGCCUACUCCAGCCGCCUCGCCUGGUCCUUCACAUUACCAACCCGACUGGAGUGAUGCCGCCGACGAUGAGGACUUCUUCCUCGCCAAGGUUCGGCAACACUUUAAAAACUGUUCCGGUCCCCAGCGCACAAGAGUUCUUGCCGACCUACUCAACUUGUGCACCAGCCAACAACUGAGCUUUGUGCAUCAAUUUGUCAGCCCUCUACUAAAAAAGGACCCCUUCACAAGUCUUCCUGAUGAGCUGUGCUUGAGAAUAUUGUCCUUCAUCGACGACCCCAAGGUAUUAGCUCGAGCCUCCCAAGUCUCCAAACGAUGGCGUGAUUUGCUCAGCGACGACAUGACGUGGAAAAAUCUCUGUGUCAAGCACGACUAUGGAAGACGACUAUCCGAAGUAUACGCCGCCUCAGCUGUCCCAGCUCGACCUACCGCUCACAUGCCUGCGACCGACUCCGAAGUAGCCAACAGCUUCACCGCCGCCAUGCCACUCAUGGCUCAUCAUGCUGGCUCACGUAGCAUGGACGGGAGCCCCAGCCGACCCAAGUUGAGAACCUAUAAAUCGCACUUCAAGCAGCGCUAUCUCGUCGAAGCUGCUUGGCGGUCUGGCGGCACAAGCACAGUCAAAAAUAUAACACAAGAAGGAGGCGUCGUCACUAGCCUUCACCUCACCCCGAAAUACAUCAUCGUUGCUCUUGACAAUGCCAAAAUACACGUCUUCGACACGGAAGGCAACUCCCAGCGAACGCUUCAGGGCCAUGUCAUGGGCGUCUGGGCCAUGGUUCCCUGGGGCGACACAAUGGUCAGCGGUGGCUGUGAUAGAGAUGUUCGUGUGUGGAACCUUAAGACCGGUGCCUGUCUGCACACUCUACGGGGGCACACCUCUACUGUCCGAUGUCUUAAAAUGGCCGACGAGCACACAGCAAUCUCUGGCUCUCGCGAUACUACGCUCAGAAUUUGGGAUAUUAGGACAGGAUUGUGCCGCAAUGUGCUCCUAGGACACCAGUCAAGCGUCCGUUGUCUCGAAAUCAAGGGAGACAUUGUUGUGUCUGGUAGCUACGAUACAUUCGCCCGUGUUUGGAGCAUCUCGGAGGGACGCUGCUUGCAGACCCUGCAGGGUCACUUUAGCCAGAUUUACGCCAUUGCCUUUGACGGCAAGCGAGUCGUGACGGGAAGUCUUGACACCAACGUUCGUGUAUGGGAUCCCAGAAGCGGCGAAUGUCUUGCCAUUCUCCAGGGUCACACUUCCCUCGUCGGCCAACUACAAAUGCGCGGAGACACAUUGGUGACUGGUGGCUCAGACGGGUCCGUCAGAGUCUGGUCGCUGGAGAGAAUGUGCCCCAUUCACAGGUUGGCGGCACAUGACAAUAGCGUCACGAGCUUGCAGUUUGAUGACACCCGAGUUGUCAGUGGUGGUAGCGACGGUCGCGUCAAGAUUUGGGACCUAAAGACUGGCCACCUCGUGCGCGAACUGAUAUCUCAAGGUGACGCCGUGUGGCGAGUUGCUUUUGAGGAGGAAAAGUGCGUCGCGUUGGCAUUGCGCAAUGGUCGCACUGUAAUGGAAGUUUGGUCAUUUGCUCCGCCCGAGGAGAUGUUGUAUGAUCGACCGUUGUCUCUGCAUCAUCGUGUGCUGCAAGAUGACCCCGAUCGCCCCCUCAGUGCUAUGGGCUUUGGAUAUCAUGAUAUGGAAUCAAUCACAGGCGGCUCGAGUCAAGCAUCACUGAGCCAAGAUGUGGAUAUGGAAGACGCAACACCAUCGGCAGCCUUGGCCCUAGACGCAGACGUACCGCAGCAGCCAGACCUGUCUCUGGGCGAGACGGGACAGUGA